CCAUCUUCAGACAACAGGAGCAGAUGAAAACGUUUCCUCAGUAUGACGGCACAGACGUCAAAGAUGGCCAGUGGGGGAGGAACAGUGCGAACAUGGCUGUGAAGAAGGAGGCGAACUGGAUUCCCUUUAUCCAGGUGAAACCCAGACGGGAUCCGUGGCGACAGAAGCUCAUCACUAAGCUGAAAGAAAAGAAAGAGGUUGAUGAGCUGCUGAAGAUGCACUGCAGGUUUCUUCAGGUUCCUGAUCUGCUCCAAGUGGCUGCAGCUCUGAAACAACACGCCGCUCACGUUGGCGACUCACAGCCGUCCUCAUCCACCUCACACUGCAGCAGGAUGCAACAGAUCUCUGAGGUCUGGAUGAGCCUUUACAAAGCUACCAGCAUCAAUCAGGAAACACACCAGUCCAGGUCCAGAGGGAGCGACAACGAGAGGUUGAAGAGACAAACAUCAAGCUUGACUAAUGCAAGUGGAUACUCUUUGGAGGACAGUCUGCAGAUUCUGGGUCUGGACGACAGUUUAGAGGAAGUCGCCUCAGAUCCAUCUAUAACCAGAGGAGCUUACAUGUCCCUGAUUUUUCUGCGGCAUCUGAAACUCAGAGAUCUCCAGCGUGUCUGCCUGGGGAUGCUGAACUACCUGCGCUCCGUGGAGAGGACUUUGACCUUUGACCUGGCGGGGCUGCAGCAGGAGGAGGACCGGGGGCUGUGCAGCACGGCGGAAGAGACGGGAUGGAUGAACGCAGCCAGAGGAGGACGAGGGGAGGCGGGGGGUCUCGGCUCGCUCCAGUGCGUCCACAACACCCCCGUCGACUAUAAGGUCCGCUGCUCGGAGUUCAUGGAAUUCGCAGAGGUUGAGAAUCUUCACGAUUUCUACAGCUGCUCAGAGCAGCGUUUCAUCCACACUCAGGACCAGAGGGGCUUUUUCAUCAUGUACGAAGCUGCUCUGAGGGACCUGCAGGAGCUGAGGGACGAGCUUCUCCUCGUCGGCUCGCACUUCAUCCACAGAAGCAGGAUUAAACUAAACGGGAAGACCGAGGCGGCGGACGUGGACUCCUGGGCCGGGACGGACGUGGACCGGGUCGGCGUUCUCCUCGACCUGUGGACGUGUGAGACUGAGUUUCUGGAGAGUAAAGUGGAGCUCUUGAACUGUUACUAUGAGGCCUACCAGCAUGCAGCUGGCACCGAGGAGAGGUUCGCACUGGCCCGAGUUAUCACUGACAUAAUGCACAGGAGGCCACAGCUGGACCUGGAGCAGGAUUACUUUGUGCAGGUCUACAGGGCCGAGACCGGCUGCCUUCAGAGCCACCAGCAGCUGAUCCGAGACGUUCUGGACAAUCAGAUAAAGAGGCAGCGUCAGUACCUUGAGCGCAUCUGGGGAGACGGCCGCAAACCCUCCUUUCCCGACUACGGCCUUCUACCGAACUACGUUCCCAAACACCCGGUGUCUCUGGGAGGCAGCAGCCCUGCCCUGAUGAACAUAUUCCUGCUGGAGGUUCACUCGUCUCUUUGUCUGGCCUCUGCAGUCUACGAGGGCUUAGUUCAGGCUCACGCUGAGCUCCGUCAGCUGCACCGAGCUACGAGCGUUGCCGACGACCUCGGCCUGCAGCAGACGCUCUUGCGCCGGGCCCUGCAGAGCUGGAACAACCUGGCUUCACCCGGAGCCUCCUACAGCUCUCAGAUACAGAGAGAUUUGUUCUCAGGCGUGUUUUUCGAGGAUCCGGUUUUGGUGCAGAAGGUCGGCCUGUCGCUGGUGAAGUCUGCAGAGGAGCGGGACGUGGAGCAGGCGCAGGAGAAACAGCUGCACGCCGUGGAAGCUUUCUCCAGGCUGCUGGAGCUCGUCACCGUCCGCCAUCGUCUGCUGGAAUCAGCCUCAGAGACGGCACAUCUGGCACAGUUGUACAGAAAUGUGGCCUCAGAGCUCGGCUUCGGUGAGUCCCACCUCUACCUGAGGCCGCUGCAGUUUGAGGCGGCCGAACAGAAGGACCGAGUCCUGCAGAGGCCUGUUUUCAUCACAUCCACACUGGAGGACGACAGUUCCGUGGACAGGUUCACCCCGUCCCACCUUCCUCUGAGCAUCCACGAACUGGAUGAGAACCAGAUCGGGAGGUUUAGCUUCAACUCGGCGGAGACAGUUACUCACCUUAUGAACGAGCAGAGCGUGGAGAACCUGCAGGUGACUCUGGCCUGUCAGGUUACACAGAAGAACGCCUUGAUGAGUGCGGUGAAGCUCGCUAGUAUCUGUCACUGGGCAGCUUCGGCCGAGAGCCAAGUUAAAGACGCAGCGUUUGACUCCAAAUCUGGAGGCGACACAAGAACCCUGCAUGAAAACUCGUUACCAUCCAGAGCCUCCAGGACCACUCCCACCUCCACAAAGGAGAGGGUGAUGGAAGCCUUUGUGUCCAUCCAGCUGGAAAAAGUGGGUCUGCGUGAUGAGAUGCUGAAUUCAUUUGUGAAGAAGAAACAGGCCGCGGGGGGCUUCAUAAGAGCCCCGGAGGAGGCGGCGAAGGCGAAGAUCAAGCGGGAGCUCAUAAUCGACUUUCUCAGGAAGUUCAGCUCUCGGACGUCGCAGCACUGCGUGAGAGCGCAGGUUGUCGCGUAUUACUACAGUCUAACCUCCCUCCUGGACAACGUCCCCUCCAUCCGUCAGUCCCACUUCAUGAUUGGACAGCGCAAAGACGUUUUAGAUCCAGGAGCUGAAGUUUGCCCCGACCCCAGGAGCUUCCAGCGCCGGGCGCUGCAGCUGCUCCGUGACGACGGCAGAGCUGUCCUCAACCUGUGGUACGUCCCCCACUUCACCGAGGUUCUCCACAUGUUCAGAGCGCUGGACACUCUGGCUUGUGCUGAAGCUCUCCAUCACACACUGCAGAUAGCCUCAGCUCUCCACAACAUUAUUUAUUACCUGGUCAGUUUCUCCAGACUGGGAAACAGAGAAGACUCCUGUAGCUGGAGGGGACGACUGGAAGCGCCGGGUCCACCUCUGGACGCUGACUGGGGCGGCGCCGAAGGCAUCGGCGCGGAGCUGCAGGAAAUUCAGAGGCAGGUGGAGCAUCUCUCCGACCCCAGCAGUCCACAGUGUGUGGGUCGUCUGCUGCAGCUACGCAGGGAGGUGGUGCUGCUGCAGUUUGAUACGGCCGUCAGGGUCCUCAUCAGGGAGGCGUUCAUCUCGUCUGGCGACGUCGCCUCUCACCGGAGCGUGAGUGACAACAUGGCGGCCGCCCUCCCUCAGCUGAGUGGCAGCGCCCGGGCCGACGUGUUCAGCGUCACGCUGCCUGUUCCCCGACCUCUGGAGGCUGGAGGCCGCCAGGCGCAGAGGACGUACCCGUGGAGGAGUUUCACAGCCUGUCACGGACGGCUCCCUCUGCGCGUCUGGGACGUGCCACACAUUGAAAACUACAUGCAGCUCUGUCUGAGCGGCCUGAGCGAUCGCGGUCGGCUGCAGGCCAACGCUGCAAUCCUCGGCGCGUCCCUGCUCGUGGAGGACGUCCUGAACAGCGGAAAGGAGGCGGAGCCUGUGCGUCUCCUUGGCAACAAAGCCGAUCAAAUCCGCACAGAAACUGAAAUAGAGGGAGGGAAGAGGGAGACGGAUUCCUCCCCUUCUCCUGCUCAGGACCCGAUCAGUGUCCAGUCUGCGCUGAAGGGUUUCCUCCUGCUCACGAAGCAGCUCGAGGUCUUUAAGGAGAGCUGGGCUCGGAGGCGUUUGGGCGUUGAGGCGUUAAACACACCUGCCCUCUAUCAACAGUUUGUCAAACUCUACAGGGCUGAAGUCUUUUACCCCAGCAUGAGAGCUCUGGCUCAACAAAUGGGUAAAGAGCGCGACUAUGAGGCCCUGAUCUCUGGGAGCCAGUCUCUCCUGCCCCCUCCUGGAGCUGCAGAGGUGGAUGUGAAAACCUGGCAGCUUCACCUGCUGAUGGAGAGCGCGGAGUGCGACAUGAUCCGAGCGGUGCAGAGGAGGAUCAGCCGAGAGCUGAGCCUGGUGGCGUCGGAGAGAACUCGACAAGACGCUCGCCUCCCUACAGAGCUGUGGAAAAAGUCUCCACUGAAGUACAGUUUGUCCCCUGAGCGUCCUCAGAUGGUGGAAACGUUCACCCAGCAGCUGAUGCAGGGAGCGGAGCAGGCGGACGGAGAGCUGAAAGUUUCUCAGGAUCAUCUGUACCGAUGUCUCAGUCACCUCGCCUCUUCUGUGAUGGAGCGAGAGCGUCGCAGCUUCCUGCUCUACUCCCAGUUUUACGAACAGAUCCUGCAGCAGGAGACGCAGCUUCUCUACCAGAGAGAACAGGAUCUGAAGAGGUUUAAGGACGUGGAGAUGAACAAUUCUCACACAGAGGUGGCAGAUUAUUGCCGUGGGAUGAUGCUGGAGCUCUCAGCCCUGCAGGCCCGAGUCGCUCACCUGGAGGAAGAGAAGAAGACUUCAGAGGAGCAGCUCGGCCUCAAACUCAAGGAACGCUACGAGCCUCUGGUCCGACACCUUUUCUCCACCAGCAUCCAGCUCAAGGCCAAACUGGACGAGUAUCGCCGGCAGAUGGAUCAGGAUGUGAGCGUGAUGGUGAACAGAGUCAGGAGGGAGGGAGUGGACAGAAUCAUCAGGCUCAAGAAGAAGUACGGCUGCACCAGAGACGACGACGGACUCAGGCUCACACAGUUAAAGAGGGAGGAAGUCCACGAGUUGAGUCUGGAGAACAGCCGGCUGACGUCUCUGCUCUGUAAACUGAGGGCUCUGAGACGCUGGAGGCAGGUGGUCGACCAGGAGAAACUUCACAGAGAGCUGCUCCGAACUCAGCAGAGGGAGAUUGCGAGUCGCACCGAUGCCCUCAGAGUGAAAACCGUAUCGGAGGAGAAGGUGGUUUUCCUGCAGGAGGAGCUGGACGUCGCCCGGCGGAUGUUGUCUCAGUGUCAGGCCGAGUGCAGCGGAUACAAGAGGCUCCUCAGCAGGAAGACAGAGGAGCUGCAGGUGGUCAGGCAUCAGUCUGCGCAGGAGGCCCGCAGCAGACAGGAGCUGGACAGUUUUCGGGUGCAGAGCCUGGAGCAGAUGAGAGCCGACGUGGAGGACAGAGACAGGCAGCUCAGAGAGCUCGGCGAGCAGCUGGACAGAGGCAGCAGGAUGAACCGACUGCAGAGACAACGCAGCGCCAAAGAGAUCCGGCAGGUGAAGGGUCAACUACAGCAGGAGCGCAGCCUAAAACACGAAGCCUUCCAGCAAGUGGACAAGCUGCAGGGCCAGAUGAGCGACAUGGAGACGGCUCUCACCAGAGGAACCUCGACAGCAGCACAAAGCAGGACUUGCUGCUCGCUGUCAGUCAGCAGAUUGAGCACCCGAAGUCCCUCGGCAGGUCUAAACCGGACCAGUAAGCAGCCGCAGCAGCAGCAGCAGUCGACCCUGCAGCUUGGCAGCCUCACAAACUACAUCACACUUCAGGACUUUGUUCCAGAGCCAAGACACCCGAGAGCAGAAACAGCCUGGAGCCGCUCAAACGCCAGAGCAGACAGACCGAGAGCAGAUCCGUCUCGCCUGCGCGUCGUGACUCCGGAGACGUCGUUACCGGACCUGUGAGGGGCGGCACUAAAUCACAGCCUUCGUCUGACCCUGAUUCCAAAACAGCAGUUAACAUUUGACACAAGCGAACAAGUUUCUGACAGGUUGCACUCACAGAUGUUGUCUUCAGGAGACUCUACAAGUCCAGUUCUUGGAUAUACUGCACCGUGACGUGGACGACAAGAGAACCUUCAUAUAUGAAGCACUCGUACGUUUGCGCCAGUUACAAAAUUAGUUGCAAUUCUGUCGUGAAAAUCACUGCAUGUGCUGAGGAAAACCUCUCAGCAACAAAUCGUAAAUCCUGGUGAUGCACAGUUGAAGUAGUUGGUGCUUCUGUGCUGUGCAAUCAUCCAGCAGGCGUCUUUUUCAGGGAAGGUCUUGCUGAUUUCCAACCAAGACAAAGCCAAUCUGCACACAACACACCACCACCACCACAGUGAAAGAGUUUGCAAGCUAAACUGGCCAGCUUGCAGUCCAGACCAAACACGAGACAAAAACUACGACAAAGGAGGCCCACCCACAUUGUUGAACAGAUGUUUUCUGAGUGAAAAUGGGAGAAAAAAAAAUGCUUUUCUUGCUUUUUUAAAAAGGUAUUUUGUAGAACUAUGCUAAUUUGUCUCCUGCUAGCUCGUUGAUUCGUGUUCUGAUUGUUGAAUAUGGAUGGACUAUUUUACAGGUGUGCGUGAACUCUAAUUUAUUCUGUUCCCAAAGCCAAAAACACAAAAACUCUAAGAAGGUUUUUGUUCAUUCAGAUUCAGCAAAACGUUUUAUUGUCCAGUGCAUUCACAGUAUUUCAGAGC